AUGUUAACCCGGAACCUAGAAGUGGAGAACAGUUGGAAUCUGAGUAGGUUUGGAACUGCAAUGAAGCUGCAGGUUUUCCAGAUUGCUUAUGUUAUCAUUAAAGCUGCCAACUCCCCACGGCCUGGAAACUGGGUUUUAGAAAGAUCUCUUGACGGGAUUACUUAUAAACCAUGGCAGUACCACGCCAUCACUGACAGCGAGUGUUUGACCCGGUAUAAUAUUAUUCCCCGACCUGGCGUACCCUUAUACACGAAGGACGAUGAAGUUAUCUGCACAUCUCAUUAUUCAAAGAUUCACCCACUUGAAAAUGGAGAGAUUCACACCUCUCUCAUAAAUGGGAGACCAAGUGCUGAAGAUCCCAGUCCAACGCUCUUAGAAUUUACAUCUGCUCGCUUCAUACGACUGAGACUGCAAAGGAUCCGUACCCUAAAUGCUGAUUUAAUGAUGUUAGCCUAUAAUGAUCCACAAGAUUUAGAUCCAAUUGUUACAAGACGGUACUUUUACUCUAUAAAAGAUAUUUCUGUGGGCGGAAUGUGCAUCUGCUAUGGUCAUGCAAGGUCUUGUCCGUGGGAUACAAAGACUAAUAAAUCAUCCUGUGAAUGUGAACACAAUACAUGUGGUCACAGCUGUGACAGAUGCUGUCCUGGAUUCCACCAGAAACCUUGGCGUGCUGGGACCUUUCUCACAAAGCAUGAAUGUGAACCAUGUAACUGUCAUGGAAAGACAGGUGAAUGCUAUUACGAUCAAGAAGUGGCUGACCAGAAUCUGAGUUUGAAUAUUAAUGGAGACUAUAUCGGAGGAGGAGUUUGUGUCAACUGUACUGAGAACACUGCUGGAAUAAAUUGUGAAUCUUGUAUAGAUCGUUUUUACAGACCACAAUGGCUGUCUCCAAGUCAUCCUAACCCUUGCCAGCCAUGUAAUUGUGAUCCAAUAGGCUCAUUACAGGAUGUAUGUGUCAAGGAUAAAAAAGAAGCUACUGAAGACUUGCUUCCUGGAUCCUGUUAUUGCAAACCUGGGUACGCAGGAGAAAAAUGUAAUCAGUGUGAUCUGGGAUACAAAGGAUAUCCAAAUUGUGUAAAAUGUAACUGCAGCGUUCCAGGCAGCAUAAAUGAAGAUCCUUGUGUCGAUCCAUGCAUUUGUAAGGAAAAUGUGGCAGGAAAUAACUGUGAUGUAUGUAAGCAUGGUUACUUUAACCUUAAGCGUGACAAUCCAAGAGGAUGUGAUCAGUGCUUUUGUUCUGGAGUUUCAAAUAUCUGCAUUAAUUCUCGUCUUUCAUAUGCUAAGAUCACCGAUAUGAAUGGAUGGUACCUUACAGAAUUAGAUGGUAACAUCAAAAUUGCACCUACAAAGGACAAAUAUGAUGGCCCACAGCAACUAAGUAUUAAAAGAGGUGAUGCCCGAUCCCAAGGGCUACUGGAUGUGAUUUAUUGGUCGGCACCUGCAUCAUACUUACACAGCAAAGUUGUGGCAGUGGGAGGACAUUUAACAUACACAAUCUCCUAUGACACAUCUGUAAAAGACGAGGCUGAGGAGUUCACAGAUCAUUCAAGCAUCAUUAUUGAGGGCAAUGGAAUAUGGAUUAGUACCUCACAAUAUGAAGCUGACUUGCACCCCUUCGAAGAACGCACAGUAAAAGUAGUACUGCAUCCAGAAUACUUCAAAAUGCACUCAACAGGUUAUCAAGUCAGCAGAGAGGACUUCAUGACAGUCAUGGCAAAUGUUAAAAGACUUCUUAUCAGAGCAACGUAUAGCAACCAACCAGAUGCAAUCUAUCGAUUGAGCUCUGUUAACCUUGAAGUAGCUGAGGAAUCCUCAUCUAGUGGACGCACAGCUUAUGAUGUAGAGAUAUGUCAGUGCCCUCCUGGAUACAGUGGAACUUCUUGUGAAGCCUGUUUGGCAGGGCACAGGCGAGUUAAUGGCACCCUGUUUGGAGGGAAGUGUGAGCCUUGUCGAUGUUUUGGUCACUCUGACUCAUGUGAUGAUAUUACGGGAUUCUGUCAAAACUGCAAGCAUAAUACCUAUGGACGAUAUUGUGAUUACUGUCUACCAGGCUUUUAUGGGAAUCCAACCGAUGGAACAGAUGAGGACUGCCUGCCAUGUGCCUGUCCACUGAGCAUAGCUUCUAACAAUUUUAGUCCAUCAUGCUACCUGGACCCAACCCGUGGAUUAGUUUGUGACGCCUGUCCACCUGGAUACACAGGGCUGCGCUGUGAACGGUGUGCUAAUGGGUAUUUUGGCCAACCUUCACUACCGGGAGGAUCCUGCCAACCAUGCCAAUGCAAUGACAACCUCGACCUUUCAGCCCCAGGCUGUUGUGACAGUAAAACGGGUGAAUGCCGUAUAUGUAAGCCAGGUGUGACUGGAGAAUAUUGUAAUAAAUGUUCAGAAGGAUAUUUUGGAAAUGCACUUGGGCCAAGUAGCUGUCAACCAUGCAACUGUAACAUCAAUGGAUCUACAUCCACGGUUUGCAAUCUUCAGACAGGACAAUGUGAGUGCAGAAGUAAUGUGAAGGGUCGCCAGUGUGAUGAGUGCUUGCCAAACUGUUGGUGGGAUUCUGACAAGCAGGUAUGUCUACCUUGUAACUGCAGUGUCAGCAGCUCAGUGUCCCAGCGCUGUGACAUUACAGGCAGAUGUAUCUGUAAACCUGAGUACUUUGGGAAACGAUGUGAGUUUAGAAGACAGGUAUAUGAAAGGAAAAAUCCCACCUGGAAAUCCCAAAGUUUUCAAGCUCUACCCAGUAGGAGAUGGAAUUACCCUACUUCAAGAGGUUGUCCUCGGGGAGCUUACAAACCAGCUACUCCGCCACAAACAUAUGGUCCUGUAUCUGCACAAGGAUGUGUACCCUGUAACUGCAAUUCUUUUGGAUCCAAGUCAUUUGACUGUGAUGAUAAAGGUCAAUGUCAUUGUCAGCCAGGAGUAGCCGGAGAUAAAUGUGAUCGAUGUGCUCAUGGAUUCUUUGACUUCCAAGAAGGCGGUUGUACCCCUUGUGAUUGUCCUCAUGUUGGGAAUAAUUGUGAGGCAGAAACUGGUCAGUGUGUUUGUCCUACCAACACCAUUGGAGAGCAGUGUGACAAGUGUGCACCAAAUCACUGGGGAUACAGCAUUAUCACUGGAUGCAAGGCUUGUGACUGUGGUGGUCCAGGAUCUCUGAGCACACAAUGUAAUGCAGAUACAGGUUGCUGUUUCUGCCGUCCAAAUUUCUCAGGAGACAAGUGCACUAGUUGUAGAGUAGGAUACCGCAAUUAUCCCCAUUGUGUUAACUGUGAUUGCACUUUAGCUGGAAGUAAACCUGAGAGCUGUGAUCAUGAAAUCGAAAAAUGUUCUUGUGCUGAAGAGACAGGACAGUGCAGCUGUAAGACAAACGUGGAAGGGGUCCACUGUGACAGAUGCAAACCCAGCACUUUUGGACUUCACAUAGGGAAUCCACUUGGUUGUAGCAGCUGUUACUGCUUUGGCCUGACUACCCAGUGUGCAGAAGCAGAUGGACUGAUCCGAAUGUGGCAAUCUUUAAAGCCCGAUCAGAUGGUAUUAGAAUUGACAGACUUCACCUUGCAGCACCAGACUACAAAAGGGGUAUUUUUCCAGCAUCCAGAGAUCAUUGCUCUUAUUGAUCAAGUGAAGCAAGACCUCCAUUCUGAACCAUUUUAUUGGAAACUACCAGAACAAUUUGAAGGUAGAAAGCUUACAGCUUAUGGAGGAAAGCUUAAGUAUACAAUAUACUUUGAAGCCAGAGAAGAAACUGGACCAUCAGCCUAUGAGCCCCAAGUUGUUAUUAGGGGUGGUCCUGCCUCAAACCAUAGAAUCAUUGUCCGAAAUGUGCCAGAUCCUCUAAAUGGCCAGCUGACUAGGCAUGACAUUGAGAUGACAGAGUUUGAAUGGAAACAUAUUGACGGAGGAUCUGUGAGUCGAGAAGACUUCAUGGAUGUUCUGUUUGACAUUCAAUACAUUCUAAUUAAGGCAUCCUAUGGGAGAGUAUUGAGACAAACCAGAAUUUCUGAAGUAUUUCUGGAAGUAGCAGAAGAAGGCACAUCUUUCACUAUGAGUCCAAAAGCCAGUCGGAUUGAGAAAUGUGAAUGCCCAGUAGGAUAUUCAGGGCUUUCAUGUGAGUCAUGUUCUCCUGGAUUCUACAGAAUGGCUCCUGCAUCCCCAGGUAGGAGGCCUGGUCCUACUCUUGGGACUUGUGUGCCCUGUCAGUGCAAUGGGCACAGUGAUAUGUGUGAUCCACAGACUUCUGUUUGUCAGGCCUGUAAACAUAACACCACUGGAGACCAUUGUGAGUGGUGUGCACCAGGAUUCUAUGGAACAGUCAGAGGCUUCCCAGAUGACUGCCGUCCAUGUGCUUGUCCUCUCCACAUAGCAAGCAACAAUUUCAGCCCUACAUGCAUCAUGCAAGGAACUAAUGAUUACAGAUGUACAGCUUGUCCUCAGGGAUAUGAAGGCCAGUACUGUGAAAGGUGUGCAUCAGGUUAUACUGGCAAUCCCAGCAUUCCAGGAGGCUCCUGUCAGGAAUGUGAGUGUAACCCUUAUGGAUCAUUGUCCAUGAUCUGUCAUCCAAGCACUGGCCAAUGCACGUGUAAACCAGAAGCUACAGGCCUGAAAUGUGGUGGCUGCACUGACCGGCAUGUACGGGAGGGUCCACUUUGUGCAUUUUGCGAUGAUGAAUGUACAGGCCUCCUUCUUGAUGACUUGGAUCAGCUGAACCAGAUGGUCAUGAGCGUCAAUCUUUCUGGCCCACUGCCUCCACCAUACAGAAUGCUGUUUAGCAUUGAAAAUGAGACUCAAGAAUUAAAGCAUUUACUGUCACCUCAACGAGCUCCUGAAAGACUGCUCCAGCUGGCACAAAACAACCAAGAUACUCUUGUCAUUGAGAUAGAUGAGCUACUGAACAGGGCAGCAAAAGUAUCUGCAGAUGGGGAACAGACUGGAAAGGAUGCUGAAAGGACAAAUGAAAGGGCAAAACAACUGAAGAAUUUUGUAAAGGACAUCCUACAGACAUCAAAAGACUUAUAUGACAAAGCUGUAAAGCUGAAUGAAACACUAGGUAUACAAAACAAAACAUUGGAGAAAAGUCUCCAAGAGCUACAGAAGGAUGUUGACAAGAUGAUGGCUGAGCUCAGGAGAAGAAUGUUCAAGAACCAGGAAAAAGCAGCUGCAGAUGAGCUAAAGGCAGCAGAAGGUCUUCUCAAUAGAGUAAAGAAGCUAUUUCAAGAUCCUCAUAACAAAACUAAUGACUUAAAUCUUGAGGUGAAGGACAAGUUAAGGCACUUCCAAGACAAACUGGAGGAUGUCUUAGACAUGCUCCGAGAAGCCCGAGGGAAAAUAAGAGAAUCCAACCAUCUCUCAGCUAUCAAUAAACACAAUAUGACUGCUCUGGAGGGACAUAAGCAAGCCGUUGAAAAAGGCAAGAAAGAGACUGAGAACACACUAAACGAGUCAGAUGACAUCAUGACAGAAGUCAACAACUUAGCACAAAAUAUUAAUGAAGCUGAAAAUGAAUUGAUGGAUAUAAACAAAGAACUACCACAACUGACUAAAAGAUUAAAUGUCAAAAUAAACAAUCUCACUGAUGAGAUCCAAACCAGGGAUCUUCCAGAGCAAGUACUCCAGGCAGAACUACAUGCAGCACAGCUAGCAGAGUCUUCUAGAAUGCUUGAUGGAAUCCUUGCUGAAGCUAAAAACCUUUCACUUAAUGCUACAGCAGCUUUCAAUGCAUACAGCAAUAUCAAGAACUUGAUUGGUAAUGCAGAUGAUGCUGCAAAGGAGGGCAAAGCCAAGGCUAAUGAAGCAGUAGAACUGGUUACUGGUCCCCAGGGACCCCUUAAAGACAAAGCUAAAAGUUCCAUUCAAAAAAGCUUCCGAGUUCAUACGGAUGCUAAAACACAGAGUCUUGAUUUAAAAGAAAAGGAGAAUGAACUUGCUGCAAUGAAGGACAAACUGCAAAAUGCAGAUGAGAAAAAUCUAAACUUGGUCAGAGCUCUCAAUGACACACUUGGAAAGCUAUCUGCAAUACCUAAUGAUACAAUAGUGAAGAUUCAAACUGCAAAAGACAAAGUCAAGCAAGCAAAUGAUACUGCCAACGAUGUUCUUGCACGUAUCAAAGAUCUUAAUCUGAAUCUCCUGGGGUUGAAGCAGAACUACAGUGCACUAAAGGAAGAUGUUGCUAAAACCAAUGCUGUUGUAAAAGUCGACAAUGUUACAGAUGCUGGCGAAAGAGUAAAGCUGCUCGAAAAAGAAGCUGAUCGUUUAUUGGAUAAACUAAAACCUAUUAAGGAGCUUCAGGAAAACCUGGGCAAAAAUAUCUCUCAGAUCAAGGAGCUGAUAAACCAAGCACGCAAACAAGCUAAUUCUAUCAAAGUUUCGGUGUCAUCUGGAGGCGACUGCAUUCGUACUUAUAAACCUGACAUUAAGAAAGGCAGAUAUAACACCAUCAUUUUAAAUGUAAAAACAAGUACUCCUGACAAUCUUCUGUUCUAUCUCGGGAGCAACAAAUUUACUGACUUCCUAGCAAUUGAAAUGAGGAAAGGCAAGGUGAACUUCUUAUGGGAUGUAGGAUCAGGAGUUGGCCGAGUUGAAUAUCCUAACUUAGACAUCAAUGAUGAUUCUUGGUAUAGAGUUGAAGCUUCACGGUCAGGAAUCAAUGGAACAAUUUCAGUGCAGGCAUUUGACGGUCCUAAAGCAAGUAUUGUGCCCAGUAUAUACAGCUCUACUUCACAGCCUGGUUAUACUAUUCUGGAUGUUGAUGGACAUGAACUAUUUGUUGGUGGCUUGACUGGAAAAAUAAAGAAGGCUGAUGCUGUUAAAGUAACAACAUUUACCGGCUGCAUGGGAGAAACGUUUUUCGAUGGCAAGCCAAUUGGAUUGUGGAAUUACAGAGACAGAGAAGGUGACUGCAAAGGAUGCAGUGUAAGCCCACAGGUGGCCGAUAGUGAAGGAACUGUCCAAUUUGACGGAGAUGGAUAUGCACUUGUCAACCGCCCUGUCCGCUGGAACCCCAAUAUUUCCACUAUCAUGUUCAAAUUUAAAACAUUUUCCUCAAGCGCCUUGCUAAUGUACCUGGCAACAAGUGACUUGAAAGAUUUCAUGAGUGUCGAGCUGAGUGAUGGGCGUAUAAAAGUUAGCUAUGAUCUGGGAUCGGGGACGGCCUAUGCAGUUAGCGACAAGAAUUAUAAUGAUGGAAAAUGGAAAUCUUUCACCCUGUCUAGAAUACAGAAACAAGCCAAUUUCUCAAUUGUGGACAUGGAUACAAAUGAAGAGGAAAUAGUAGCCAGUACAUCAACAGGAAGUAACUUUGGCCUUAAUCUAAAAUCUGAUGAGAAGAUCUACUUUGGUGGACUACCUGGACUGAGCAGCCUAAGCCCCAGUGUAAAAGCAAGGCCUGAAGUUAAUUUAAAGAAGUAUGCUGGCUGUCUGAAGGAUAUUGAAGUCUCCCGAACACCAUACAACUUACUUAGCAGUUCUGAUUACAUAGGAUUAACCAAAGGUUGUGCCCUUGAGAAAGUGCUAUCAGUCAGUUUUUCAAAACCUGGUUAUAUAGAAGUGCCACCAGUAUCAAUGGAUGUCGGGACAGAAAUUACACUAUCAUUCAGCACCAAAAAUGAGUCUGGAAUGAUAUUAUUUGGCAAUGGAGGAUCUCUUAUUUCACCAAGAAGAAAGCGUAGACAAAGUGGACAGGCUUUUUAUGCAGUUCUGUUAAGAAAAGGCAAGUUGGAAGUUGCUGUCUCAGGAUCUAAAGAACCACAUCAAAUAAUCAUUAGACCCGAAAAAAAAACAUUUCAUGAUGGUAAAGAACAUUCCAUCCGAAUAGAAAGAUCAAGAAACAUACUAACAGUACAAGUCGAUGAGGAUAGAAACCAGACACUGAAAUUACCAGCUAGCUAUUCCAUAAGUGUGAAAAAGCUCUUUGUAGGUGGAAUCCCGUCUGAUGUACAAUUUCCCCACUACAAGAGCAUACCGCCAUUUGAAGGAUGCAUUUGGGACCUAUUAAUCAAUGCAGUGCCAACAGACUUUGCACAACCUGUAUCAUUUGAGAAUGCAGAUAUUGGACAGUGCCUUACACAGGAGCAAGAUGGAGGCAUAGACCAAGAUGGAUCUCAAGAAUCAGCCACCAAGCCACCACAGGUCAUCCCGGGUCCUAUCCCAUCAAGUGAGCCUGACACCACUGAAGUGAAGAGUGCCAAUAUCACAGAUGAGCUUGAUUCUACAACGGGUUGUGCGGCCGACAUAAGACCAGAAGUUAUACAAGGAGGAAAGCAGUUUGGCCUCUCCAAAAACAGCCACAUGGCAUUUGCAUUUGAUGAUACCAAAGUGAAAAACACCCUAUCAAUAGAACUUGAGCUUCGCACUAAGGCAGAUUCAGGCUUGAUCUUCUACAUGGCUCGAAUCAACCAUGCUGAUUUUGCCACAAUUCAGAUUAAAGAAGGGAUGGCACACUUUAGAUAUGACCUGGGAAGUGGAGACACUACCACAAUGGUGCCUCAAAGAGUGAAUGAUGGAGAAUGGCAUAAGAUAAACAUAUUCAGAACAAAGCAGACAGGAUAUCUAUUUGUCGAUGGAAUUGCAAACAGUACAAACAGUCCAAAGAAAGCAGACAUUCUGGAUGUGGUGGGCAUGCUGUACGUUGGCGGAUUGCCUAUUAAUUAUACUACCAAAAGAAUUGGACCGGUUCUCCAUAGUAUUGAUGGCUGCAUCCGGAAUUUUAGAAUGGUAGAAGGAAAUACAGACUUUAAUAAACCUACCUCUAGCUUUAACGUUGGUUCAUGUUUUGCAAAUCCUCAGAAAGGAACAUAUUUUGACGGAUCAGGAUUUGCAAAGACAGUGGGAGCUUUUAAAGUAGGAACAGAUCUGUUAAUAGAAUUAGAAUUCCGAACAACCAAGACUAAUGGUGUUCUUAUCGGUAUCAGUGGUAAAAAGAUGGAUGGACUGGGCAUUGAAAUGGUGGAUGGUAAACUUAUUUUCCAUGCUGAUAACGGAGCCGGACGUUUCACUGCAGUUUAUGAACCUGAGGUGCCAGGUAGCUUGUGUGAUGGACAGUGGCACAAAGUGACAGCAAAUAAAAUAAAGCACCGUUUAGAGAUGAUUGUUGAUAACAACAAAGUAGAAGCCUCAAGUCCAAAUGCUGCAUCCACAUCAACGGACACCAAUGAUCCAGUCUUUGUAGGAGGAUAUCCCGAAGACGUGAAGCAGUUUGGCCUGACCACUCAAGUGAGCUUUAAAGGGUGCAUCAGAGAUCUGAAACUUGCUAAAGGCACUGCCAGGCCACAGGAAAUCAAUUUCAGCAAGUCGCUGGAAAUAAAGGGAGUGCAGCCAUUAUCAUGCCCAUGAUCUCAGUGCUGCCACAGAGACCAAUAACUGCAACAGUUCCAUGUUAUGAUGUGUGUCAAUAUGCAUGAUAACAUUA